AAAAAUGGAAACGAGGUUGGUGAUCUCGGUGGCAUGUUUUCUGGUUUUGGCUCAAACGCUUGGAAUCACAUGUUGCGUGAGAGAAGAGAGGGAAGCAUUAGUGAGUAUUAAGGCUUAUUUUCGUAACUACUCUGACAAUGCCACUUUUGUAGACCGGAGAUUAUCGUUGUGGGUUAAUGAUCCAAACCGUGAUUGCUGCACCUGGAAUCGAGUCAGGUGCCAUGCCUCUUCUGGUCGAGUUUCGAGGCUUUAUCUGCAAGGUCUUAAUUACAGGCCUCAAGAGCAUAUACCCAUUGAUUUCUCGUUGUUCCAAACCUUCAAAGACUUGACAAGCCUCAACUUAUCCAAGGGUCGAUUUGGCAGUUUGAUGAACACUGAAGGUUUAGCUAAUCUAAGCAACUUGGAAGUCCUUGUACUGAAAAACAAUCACCUUGUGGGAUCUCUGCCAUUUCAAGGUAUAUGUAAACUGAAGAAGAUACGUGUGCUGGAUUUUAGUGAAAAUUAUUUCAAAGGUUCAUUGCACAAGUGCCUGGCCAACUUGACAUCUCUUCAAGCACUUGAUCUCUCAGGUAAUUACCUAACAGAGGAAAUACCAGCAUCCGCAAUAGCUAGCCUCUCAUCUCUUGAGUACUUUUCUGCUAUGAAUAACUAUUUCAAGGGGUUAUUCCCUUUGAGUUCAUUCACCAAUAAUACUAAGCUUAAGGUAUUAGCGCUUCAAAUGCAUACCAAUGAGUUUCAAGUGGACACCGAAAUUGAAAUUGUUCAAAAAGUCCCUUUAUUUCAAUUGGAAGUUCUGCAUCUGGCAAAUUGCAAAGUAAAUGCACCUAGUGGAACCUUCCCCUCCUUUCUCUUGUACCAACAUGACUUGCACUAUCUUGAUCUCUCAAAUAACGAUUUGGUUGGGGUGUUCCCAAACUGGUUGAUUCUCAACAAUACAAAGCUCAGGUCUUUGAUUUUGCGUCACAACAAGUUCAUAGGACCUUCUGAUCUGCCAACCUACACAGAUCAAGCUCCUCAUCCCUUGAUUAAUUUGCAGCUAUCCGACAACAAAAUCGAGGGUAAACUUCCCACAAAUUUUGGUCUAAUGUUUCCAAAUUUGGAGUUUCUAAAUUUGUCAAGAAACAGACUCGACGGUGGCAUUCCUCCAUCAGUUGGCAACAUGUCAAAAUUGUUUGCUUUGGACUUGAGAAGAAACAAAAUUUCUGGUGAAAUUCCUGUGUCUUUGUGGGCAGGUUGUGCUUCACUAGAGUUUUUGAUCUUAUCACAAAAUAACUUACAUGGGAAAUUAGUUAUUUCACACUUGAACUCUUCCUCUCUGCGAUGGUUAUUCUUAGACAACAACUUCCCCAAUGGAACGCUAGGACGUGAAAUUCUUGAGCUCCCAAAUCUUGAGGCGUUAGAUAUUUCUAAUAACAGUUUCUGGGGCAUGGUUCCUAAGUUCAUCACUAACUCCUCAUCUUUGAGAGUGAUAAGCCUAUCAACAAAUAAUUUGAAUGGUACACUACCGAGAGAAUUUUGCAAACUUGACCUUUGGCAUUUGCACCUCUCUCAAAAUAACUUCUCAGGUUUGAUACCAGCUUGCUAUUUGAAUAUAGAAGGGUUGUCAUCUCUUCAUCUACAAGGCAAUGGUCUAAUAGGUUCCAUUCCUGAAUUAUGGAGAUCAAGUAGCUAUCUGUUGGCACUUGAUUUGAGGGAUAAUAACUUGGACGGAGUUAUUCCAGAUUGGAUUGUGAGGAUGAAGUGGUUGAGGGCUCUUCUACUUGGCGGUAAUAAGCUACAUGGCCAAAUUCCUGACCAAUUGUGCCACCUAAGGAGAAUGAGCAUUUUAGACUUGUCACGUAAUAACUUCACAGCAAAUAUUCCUUCUUGUUUCUACAAUGUCUCAUUUGGAGCAAGGAAAUAUAGAGCUUAUGAAUAUGUCGUGUCAUUGUUUUCCUCAGAUUCCUUGUAUCAGUAUAAUCAUCUACAUCUUCAACUAUUUUUUAAACAAAAUUGGUAUUUUAUGAAAGCAAGAGGCAGUGGACUUGAAGUAGAAUUUCACACAAAGAAUUCUCUGUUCCUAUAUAGAGGUGACAUUUUAGGGUUCAUGUCUGGAAUAGAUUUGUCAAGCAAUCAGUUAACCGGGAAAAUCCCUCAGGAGAUGGGAUAUCUGGAUUCCCUUCAUGCAUUGAACUUAUCUCAUAAUCAUUUGAAUGGAUCUAUUCCGAAAAGUUUCCACAACCUUGCAGCCAUGGAGAGCUUAGACCUUUCAUACAACAACUUAGAUGGAGAAAUCCCUAUUCAGUUACUGGACUUGAACUUCUUGGGCAUAUUCAAUGUGUCUUACAAUAAUUUGUCAGGUAGAGUGCCUAGCGGUGGACAGUUUUCAACCUUUGGCAAUUGCAGCUUUAUAGGCAACCAGUAUCUCAUUCUAAACAAUAGCAAUAGAGGUACCAUUGCACAUGUACCAACACUACCAAAUCCUCUCAACGAUGACACGAAGGAAGAUGAAUCUGUCAUAGAUUUUACUUCCUUUAUUUGGAGUUUUUCUGCAUGCUAUGUCACGGUGUUACUUAUUUUGGCAACAGUUCUUUGGAUGAACCCAAACUGGCGAAGAUUUUGGUUUUGCUUUAUUGAAACCUGCCUGUAUAGUUGUUUAUAUCGGUACCUUCUGCAAGAACUGUAGACUUGUUGAUUUGUGCUGUAUGUGAAUACAUAUGUCAUUUCACCUAAAGCUAUUUUGUUGCAUUAUUGGUGCAUGUGAUCUUUUAUAUAUCCAGUAAAUGGUACUAAAAUCUACAUGUAGCUGACAUACAUUGCAGCAUAACCUUGGAUCCGAGUACAAUGAAUGUAACUUCUAUAAUUUUUUUUUUCAAAUUUGAUGGUUUUAGCGUUUGAGCAUGAUUUUUAAUCUAACCCAUAAGAUAGAAGUCAAAUAGUUUGUCAAAUGGAUUUAUUAUCAAACUUGUCAACGAAAUAUUUGAAAAGAUUACAAAUGAAGUAUUUUUUGAGUAUUUCAACAAAACUCAUCAACAUAUAUAUGAAUAAAAAUGCUAUGACAAUUUAAAAUACAUGAUUAAGUCACAAACUUUGGUUUAAAAAGUUAACCAAAAGCAGAUGUCUUUACCGAUAGCUGAAUUUUGCCGAUCUCUUCCUCCCUAACAUUUUCAAUUUUUUCUUGCAACGCUAGUGUACCACUUUUAAACAUGGCAUUACAACAUAUAGCCUUUUAAACAUGGUUUUAAUUUCUUAUUUUCAUGCAGUACAUGAAUAAAUAUGAACUAUUAAGGUAGUUCAAACUGUGAAAUUUCCUUUCAUGAUGGCUAAGUGCAUUAUUGUGCAACACAAAUGUUUGCCAGAUUUUGUCAACACAUAUUGCCAAACAAAAUAUGAUCUAAAAGAUAGUUAUAGAUAACAAGUAAUAGCUACUCACGAUCACUCACCAUCUUCAUUCCACUUGUUUGGUCCAAACAUGCUCUUGUAUAUGGAAAAGCUUUACCAUUUUUGUGCAGAGGCUUUCCCAUGCAAUCAUGCUUAGGUGGAUAAUGA